GUUUGUUUAUGUAUUUGUUUUUUAUUUUUCUUGAAAGCGAAAAUUUCUUUGUAACGAGCGAAAAAUUACAAUAUUUAGGAAAAUAUUAGAGAAAUCCUAAUGUCUUCAACAAGUAAAGCAUUUGUUUCAACCAGCAGCAGCAGCAGCUCGGCAACAGCUAAUGUACAAGAAUUCGCCAUACGUGUACCAAAAAAUUUACGAAAAAAGCAUCAUGUUAUGCGUUUUAAUGCCACGCUAAACGUCGACUUCGCCCAAUGGCGAACAGUAAAAUUGGAAAGGGAAAAUAAUUUAAAGGAGUUUAAAGGUAUGGAAGAGGAUAUGCCAAAAUUCGGAGCAGGAUCGGAAUAUAAUCGGGACUUGCGUGAAGAAGUUAGGCGCAAGAAAUUCGGAAUAAUUGCAAAAAAAUACAGGCCAGAAGCUCAACCAUGGAUUUUAAAAGUGGGUGGUAAAAACGGGAAAAAGUUUAAAGGUAUACGUGAAGGUGGAGUUAGUGAAAAUGCUGCUUUUUAUGUGUUCACACAUGCUCCAGAUGGUGCCAUUGAGGCCUAUCCGCUUAAUGAAUGGUAUAACUUUCAACCCAUACAACGAUAUAAAUCUUUGUCCGCUGAAGAAGCUGAACAGGAAUUUACUAGAAGAAAAAAGGUCAUCAAUUAUUUUUCAUUGAUGUUGCGUAAACGUUUGAAGGGCGACGAAGAGGAAGAAAAAGACCCUGAAGAAGUCAAAAUAAAAGGCGGCAAUAAAAAGCCUAAAGAGUUAAAAAUCAGUGAAAUGGAUGAAUGGAUUGACUCGGAAGAUGAGUCGAAUUCGGACAGUGACGAAGGAAAGAAAACGAAAAAACAAGACAGCGAUGAUGAUGGCAUGAAAAAGAAAAAGGGCGUAAUAGGUAAAAAAGGUGAAAAGAAGAAGAAAAAACAUGAUGUAGACGAUGAAGCUUUCGAAGAAUCUGAUGAUGGCGAUGAAGAAGGUCGAGAAAUGGACUAUGACACCGAAUCAAGUGAAGACGAACCUGAUCCCGAAUCGAAAGUCGAUAAGGAUAUGAAAUCAGUGGCAGAGGAAGACGCUUUGCGUAAACUUUUAACCUCGGACGAAGAGGAGGAGGAAGAAAAUAAAUCGGAAGAAUCCGACAAUGAGGACGAUGAAAAAAAGAAAAAAGAUAAAAAUAAGGAGGAAACGACUAAAGAUAAGAAGAAAAAUAAGAAUAAGAAUAAAGAUGACAAGAAAGAUUCCUCAAGUGAUUUUAGUUCAGAUAGCACUGAUUCGGAGGAAGACAUUGUUAAAAAUAAAAAGAAUCCAAAAGAUAAUGCUAAAGUUAAUAGCAAUCAAAAUAGUUCUCGAUCGACUACGCCAACUUUCAGCAGCGAUAACAGCAAACGCAAACUGAACAGCAUGCCCGGUGAUUUAACAGCUUCUGAGAACAGUAAUAGUCCAGUUAAUACUCCCGCCAAGCGAAUCAAAACUGAAAUAGCAUCGUCCCUGCCUUCAACCUUUGCUGGCGUGGUUAAUGCAAACAGCAGCAGAGAUGAUUUUGGUAUCACAGAAGAAGCUGUCAGACGGUAUCUUAUGCGUAAACCAAUGACCACUACAGAGUUAUUAACGAAAUUUAAAAAUAAAAAGACCGGAGUAUCUAGCGAUCGACUGGUUGAAACUAUGAUGCAAAUUUUGAAGAAAAUCAAUCCCGUAAAGCAAACUAUACAAGGGAAAAUGUAUUUAAGCAUCAAAGUUAACAAGUAACUAAUUACAUCCCACUAAACUCAAGAUGCUCAAUUUCAAGCAAAAGCUACAUGGAACGUGAAAGAUAGAAGAAGAAUUGAUUGCAUAUC